AACUGUCCUCUACCUCUCAUGAUGAUGACGGUCUUCUUGACAUUUUGAAGUAGAACUGCAGUCACUGUUGCUAUGGAAAUGACUCAGAUCGAUUUGCAAUUUUAAUGUGGUAUUAGAAUUAGGGGGAGAAGCCAAGAGCAAAGUAAAAAACAAAACAAACAAAAAAACAUGUCUGUUUAUUACAGAGUUGCGAUUGGAAACCCGGAUAAUUUGAGAAAUACCAAAGGCAUUUGUUAUACGCAGGGGACUCCGGUAAUGUAAAAGUACACUUUGUUGUGCGCUGUGUAACUUAAAUAAAAUCGACUAAAUUGGUAAACGGAUAUCUUCUCACCUGCUGAAAACUCCACCAGGAAGGGAAAAAAAAAAGUUUUCAGCUGUAUACCCAAUGGAUAUACCGGUAUAUAAAAGGUGCACUAGUUUAUAGCAAUGAGAUUCGUGUUCCCAGAAAGUAGAGAAAUCAGCUUGGUAUUCCUUGUAAAUAAUACAAGUAAAUAAAAUGGCCUCUCCCGAUUCCUAAUGCUAACCUCAACCACAGCAGUCCUAUUGUAAUGAUUUACAAUGAAUUCGGAGCCGACAGGGUCAUAUGCUGUUGAAGAUGCACACAUGUAGGUAUCAUUUAGCUAUAGAAGUGGGUUACUCAGCUCUUGCAUGGAUGUACAGCACUACUUUCACUGUUUUGGGGUCAAAUGUGUGUUUGCAUUGGUAUUUUUUGACAUGCAGAAUUCAUGAAAAUGCAAACUGACAGGUAUUCCAGAUUCGGUUCUGUUCUGAUGGAUACAAUCCGUCUAGAAUGCCAUUUAGAGAUGGUGCUGCUGAAUGUGAAAAAGAUGUUUGCAAUCCAUUAUUCAAACUGUAGGAGACACUAGGACUUGCAGCUAAAAAUAUGCCAUUGUUGCUAUGGAAACCCACCCAUAUACACGUCGGAGAAUCUGUGGCUAAUUCAUUCUCUUCGUCUGUCUCUUUCGUUGGCUGGGUCCAAGGCAUGUGUUAUUUUGAUGAAAUAAUUAUUACGUUCAGUGCUAUCAAGGGUUUAUAAAAUUUGUGAUGUCUGCCAGUGCUAACGGUCUAGUCCACUGUGGACAGCAGAGAUUUGACUGCAAGGUGUUUCAGUUGUUCUGGAGGGAUACAUGCAUAUAUUACCCCUCCAUUAACGCCUUAUUCUUUGUAGGGGAGGUAGAAAUCGGUAUGGACGCCUGUGCUGAAUGACCCAUAAGGACUGGCACAUGUGACACAACAGAGUGUGUAUAGGGGGACUCUCUGAGCCUUGCAGAAGGAGGAGGGAGAGAGCUGUGGACUAGGCUGGGCUUGACUCUGGGUGUGUCCGAGGCGAUGGUAAGGGACGGCAGGCGUAAUCGCACUGAACGGAGCCUGCGCUGUUGACGAGAGAAAGCCAGGUGGAAUGACGGUGGCUGGCGCAGAUAAGUUCCGCUGGCAGAGCCUUGCGCCACUGCCCAGCGGACGGGUCUACCACUCCCUGGUGGAGGCGGGGGGGCAGCUGUUUGUUGUGGGGGGGUGCGAUGAGAGCGGGCACCCGAGGAGUGCCCUGGAGCUGUAUUGCCCCGAGGUGGACCAGUGGAUCAGCCUGCCUCCCAUGCCCACACCCCGGGCAGGGGCAGCCACAGCCGUCUUGGGCAAGCGGCUGGUGGUGGUGGGAGGCAUGGGGCUAGACCAGCGCCCCCUUAAGACAGUAGAGGUAUACAACACAGACGAAGGCAAGUGGAAGAAGAGGAGCUCUCUGAGGGCGGCAGCUAUGGGAAUCUCCAUGACUGUGAAAGACGGCCGGGUGAUUGCAGCAGGAGGCAUGGGGGGCGACCUGUACCCCCAGAGCCUCCUCCAGCAGUAUGACCUCCGCAAGGACGUGUGGGUGACCCUGCCACGCAUGCCAACCCCCCGCUAUGACACCACCACCUUCGUCCAGGGCUCCAAGAUCUACGUGCUCGGGGGACGCCAGUCAAAGCGCUCAGUCGCCGCUUUUGAGGCAUUUGACAUGGAGAGCCGCUCGUGGGCCCCCCUUCCCAGCAUCCCCAGCAGGAGGGCCUACUCCAGCAUGGUCCUGGAUGAGGGGGGGAGACUGUACUGCCUGGGGGGGCUCCGGCAAGGGGGGGGCCACCAGCGGCCCAAAUUCACCAAGAACAUCAACAUCUUCGACAUCCAGAAAGGACUCUGGCUCAAGGCUGAGCGUUCUCUCUCAAUGAAGACCAAGCGUGCUGACUUUGCAUCAGGCUACCUGCACGGGAGGGUUAUCGUGGCUGGGGGCCUGGGUAACCAGCCCACUGUGCUGGGCUCUGUGGAAGCUUUUCUUCCAGGGAAGAAGAAAUGGGAACUCCUAACCCCCCUCCCUACCCCCCGAUGCUCCUCCUCCAGCAUCAUUUUCCAGGACCGCCUCCUGGUGGUGGGCGGGGUCAACCAGGGCCCAAGCUGCGCUGUGGAGGCAUUGAGUGUGCAGGAGGGGGAGGGGCCUUGACCUGCACUGCCCCACCCCUUCACUCUCACACGCCUUCCCUGUCGGAACACUGCUAAGCUGUAGUUGAAGAGGACUUGCGUUCCCUGCCUUUUAUAAAGACCUGUACAAACAGUGGCUGAGCUGAGGCCCCAAUA